CCCUCGCUGGGCUGUCGGAUACUUUUGUGGCGGCGGAUACUUUGGUCGCGGCGGCCGCGGCGAUGAGCGGGCAGCGCCGGCGUUUGGGGAAUAGUCAGACCGCGGCACCCGGCAGCCUGUAACCUCCCCUCCUUCCCCUCCCGGCUGAGGGCGGCGAGCAGCUAAAUCAGCACGACGCCAGGCUGCGCCGCCGCCACCGCCGCCGCCUCCGAAGAUGCUGAGCCGGCUGAGGAGCGGCAGCAUCAGGAACCUGGAGCGGGAGUUCGACUGCACCGUUCGGCUGCUGGACGAUUCCGAGUAUCCUUGCACCAUCCAGGUAGCCACGAAAUGAAGGAAACCAUGGGAGCCAUUCAAAGAAAAACAUCAACACCCCAGCGGGAUGCCAAAGGCCACUACCUGAUCGAUCUCCUCUGCCGUCACAUGAACCUGCUGGAAAAGGACUACUUCGGAAUCAGGUUUGUGGACCCUGACAAACAGAGGCACUGGCUGGAUAUCUCCAAGUCCAUUAUUAAACAAAUGAAAUCUCAGCCUCCGUACACCAUGUGCUUCCGCGUCAAGUUUUACCCAACGGACCCUUCCAUGCUGAAGGAGGAAAUAACCAGGUACCUGGUCUUCCUGCAGAUAAAGAGAGAUCUGUAUCACGGCCGUCUGCUGUGCAAGACCUCCGACGCAGCACUUCUCGCAGCCUACAUCUUGCAAGCUGAAAUUGGGGAUUAUGAUCCAGGAAAACAUCCCGAAGGCUACAGUUCCAAGUUCCAGUUCUUCCCCAAACAUUCCGAGAAGUUGGAAAGAAAAAUUGCAGAGAUCCACAAAACGGAACUUAGUGGUCAGUCUCCAGACAUGGCAGAGCUGAACUUCCUGAAGAAAGCGCAGAUGCUGGAAACCUACGGAGUCGAUCCCCACCCCUGCAAGGACGUCUCGGGGAAUGCAGCAUUUUUAGCUUUCACGCCGUCUGGCUUUGUGGUGUUACAAGGAAACAAGAGGAUUCACUUCAUAAAGUGGACUGAAGUAAGCAAGAUGAAGUUCGAAGGAAAGACGUUUAAUUUAUAUGCCACUCAGAAAGAGGAAUCGAAGAUCAUUCUGACCUACUUCGCCCCAACUCCUGAGGCUUGUAAACACCUGUGGAAGUGCGGAGUGGAAAAUCAAGCCUUUUACAAGUUUGAGAAAUCCAGUCAGGUGCGAACGGUGUCCAGCAGCAACAUGUUUUUCAAGGGGAGCCGGUUCCGAUACAGUGGGAGAGUUGCAAAGGAGGUGAUCGAGUCCAGUGCGAAGAUUAAGAGGAGCCCGCCGGAGAUUCACAGAUCAGGCCUUGUACCCAGUCGAAGUUGCCCCUCCAUCUCCCACGGAUCACGGUUGAGCAGCGUGCCGCGGACCCGCCGGAGGGCUGUGCACAUCUCCAUCAUGGAAGGACUGGAAUCUCUGCGGGAUAGCGCCCACUCUACGCCAGUGAGGUCCAGCUCCCACACGGACAGCUUCGUCACCCACUCGGGGAAAACCCCAGUCGCCGAGGGCAAUGACCGGACGUCGGUGAUCGCAGAUGAGUCGUACAGUCCGGCCUCCAGCGUCCUGCCGACCCCGGUCUCAGAGCCCGGCCCAGAGUACGUCCUCCCCCAGCAGGACCACAGCGGUGCCGGCAACUGUGGCAUCGAGGAGGAGAAAGGGAGCGAGGUGGGAGUGGCGGCAGAGACAGAAGAAGGGGGCAGAGGGUCUGCUGCCUCGCCUGAUGGUGUGAGUGAGAGGGAACAGGUGAAUAGAUUUGUUUUAAGCGUGGCCCGUUUGCUGCUGGUGACUGUCGGACUACUCUUUGCCUUACUCAUCCUCCUGAUCGCUCUAACAGAGUCAGAUAUUGACGUAGCGUUUUUACGUGACAUACGCCAGACCCCUGAGUUUGAACAGUUCCAUUAUGAAUACUUUUGUCCCCUCAGACGAUGGAUGGUCUGCAAGGUACGCUACGUGCUAAACCUUCUCAUUGACACAUGAUGGCGCCCAGCCGGAGAAGUCAGCCCAGGGACACUGAGAAGAUGCGACGAAGUCAAGCUCCCCCUCUCCCCUCUCUGUGGCACCAUCCAUGUUUAAUGGGUGAAUUCAGCUGCUGCCGGGGAGACUUUCUGACUCAACGAAAUUCCGAGAGGAGUUGUAAACCACAUUCAACCAUUGCCCUUUUUGCCCAGACCCUACACCUUCGAAGAAGCUCUUGGACUGUUGUGCUAUAUAAGGUCUAUUAGAGUAAGCGAUUAACUAUUAGUACCCACAGGAACUGAGUAACACUGUAUGGAGUUUUCGUUAUUGUGAUGUUAAAGAGGUGUGCUGUCUUCAGACUUGAAUAAAGGUACCAAGACUACCCCAUGAUAUAAUAUUAGAGCAGGUGGGUGUCUCGUAUCUAAAUAUACUAAACAGUGACAAAAUGCU